UCUUCUGAAGCCAAACGAGACACGCGCGGUCGUCGACUCCUUCGAAUCCUGGUGUGACGCGUUCGCGGUGUUUAUGGCAUACCGGAUCAGCGUUAUUCCGCAAGUCGCCGCUGCCAUGUGCCGAUACUUGUCGCUGAUAGCAGCGUACGUCCGGCGUGGGGUUCCUACAGCCCACUGGCUGGAGUACGACCGCCAGUUCCGGUCCCUGAUGGCAGGACAUCCAUAUGAGUACGAUAUGUGGGCUCGGCAGCACGACGACACCUAUACUGAUUAUAUCCAGAACGCCGUCCCGGAAGAGGGCACUAGCGACAGCGGAGCCGCGCAGGGAGCGAAGAAAUCGGCCGCCCCAUCGGACAAGUGUCGAAACUGCGGACAAGCGGGACACUUUAUCGCCCAGUGUCCGUACCCGCGCAAAGGCCAAGUGGGGUACCAGCAGCCCUUUCGCCCUGCCCCAGCAGUGGGGGGCGAAGUCUGCCGCAACUACAACCGAUUUAACUGCGCCGAACCCUGUAGUGCUGGACGCCUCCACGUCUGCGAGCGGUGCCACGACAAAGACCACAAGUCCCCACAGUGCAAAUACGGUGCUCGGUGAUCAGGUGACAGUGCCCGAAAAAGCUCAGACGCCCUUGCGUGCUGAGGCUUUUGAGAGACUGCUCGCUGAUCACCCCGACGCUCACCUUCGCCGUUUUAUUUCCGACACACUACGCCUGGGUGCCGACAUUCGCUAUCGAGGCCCACAGCUUUCCCGCAAGACGCCUAACUCGCAGUCUGCACGCAUUCACCAGUAUGCGCUGCUCCAAAGUGUUCAGAAAGAAGUUGACUUGGGUCACUCAGUUGGCCCUUUCCCGACGCCACCAUUCCCGCACUUCGUGGUCAACGCUCUCGGGUGCCGGCCGAAGAAAGACGGCGGUCACCGCACCAUAAUGGACCUUUCCCAACCGUCGGGCAGCAGCGUCAACGAUCACAUUGACGGCCGUGAAAUGCCACUGCAGUACUGCUCCGUGGACGACGCCGUUCGACUAGCGUCUUCCGCGGGCAGAUACGCCAUCAUGGGAAAAAUGGACAUAAAGUCCGCGUUUCGGCUGAUACCCGUGCGGCGGGCCGACUGGAACCUCCUGGGAUACUGUUUAAAUGGUAAGUACUAUUUCGACAUAGUAUUACCAUUCGGUUGCCGCUCCUCGCCCUAUAUCUUUGAGUUCUUCUCCGCCGCUGUUCACUGGUGCGUAGUAAAGAAAUCCAGACUACCGUCCAUGCUGCACUACGUGGACGACUACCUGUUCGUCGGCUCUCCGGGCACCGACGAUUGUUCGACUUUGAUGACGGCGAUGCGGGAAGUGUGCGAGGAGCUUGGUGUCCCCCUGGCGCUCGACAAAACCGAGGGACCCGCUACUCGCCUGAUUUUUCUGGGCAUCGAAAUCGACUCCGACGCGCAAACACUCAGCUUACCGGCCGGGAAGCUGCAAGAAAUCAAGGCAACCCUCGAGCGAUGGCACGAAAGGUCAAGCUGCACGCUGACAGAACUGCAGAGCCUGAUCGGAACACUGACGUUCGCCUCGAAAUGCCUGUACACAGACGCGUCCGCCACGCUAGGACUCGGAGCAUUCUGCGAAAAUGAGUGGUUCCAAUCUAGGUGGCCGGAGUGGCUGUUGCAGGCAGCACCGUCGAUUGAGUACCUUGAAAUGGUGCCCAUUCUACUUGCCGUCCUUGCAUGGGCUCACUUGCGCUCCAGCAGCCCGGGCGUUCUCGACCUAAUGCGUCGCAUGACCUGGGCAGCGGCUACGAAUAAUUUAACGUUGACACUGAAGCACGUUCGAGGCGUUGAUAAUGGCAUCGCUGACGCGCUCUCUCGCUUUCAGAUGGAGCGGUUCCGAGCGCUCGCUACUGCAGCAGCUCCAAAGGCGAUCACGUUUCCGGAUAUAUUUCCGGACCUGCGCAGCACGUUCCGCCCAACUCCACGCUGCACAGGCUCCUAA